AAUACUGCUUCGAUUUUGCAUCUUCCCCAGUUUCAAAAUUCUCAAUGGAGAAGGUACUAGUUUUGAUCGUUGGUGCAGGCCCAUCAGGUCUCGCUGUAGCAGCAUGCCUCGGCGAGCUCUCCAUCCCCUACUGCAUCAUUGAACGUGAGGAUUGCAGUGCUUCACUUUGGCGCAAACACACAUAUGAUCGCCUCAAACUCCAUCUUGCCAAGGAGUUUUGUGAGCUUCCUCACAUGUCAUAUCCAAGUGAUACCCCUACAUACAUCCCCAAGGAACUGUUUGUAAGGUAUGUUGAUGCCUAUGUCGAUCACUUCAACAUUUUCCCCAAGUAUAGCACUUCAGUUGUGUCUUGCAAGUAUGAUGAAGUGAGCAACUGUUGGGAUGUCAUGGCACAUGACAAAGUAACUGGCCUAGAGAUUGAGUAUACAACAAAGUUCUUGGUUGUAGCAACAGGAGAGAACAGUGAGGGAAUCAUACCAGAGAUCCCUGGGCUACAUGACUUCCCUGGUGAAGUCAUACAUUCAUCAAGCUACAAGUCAUGGAAUAACUAUAUUGGAAAGGGAGUGUUAGUGGUUGGAUGUGGAAACUCCGGCAUGGAGAUUGCCUAUGACCUUGCCAGCCAUGGGGUGGAGACCUCCGUGGUUAUCCGUAGCCCGCUUCACAUUAUGACAAAAGGGUUGAUUAACUUGGGGAUGAAACUAUUCAACUGGCACCUUCCCCUGAAAUUUGUGGAUUUCAUUCUUGUGACUUUUGCAAACAUUCGAUUUGGUGAUCUCUCCAAAUAUGGGAUUGUAAGGCCCAAUAUGGGGCCACUUCUUCUCAAGGCAAAGACUGGACGCUCAGCAGUCAUAGAUGUUGGCACAGUUGAGCUAAUAAAGAAAGGCUGUAUCAAGGUGCUUGGUCCAAUAUCGCGCAUAAGAGGAAAUUCUGUAGAAUUUGAGGACGGAAAAGAGUGCUCCUAUGAUUCUGUUGUAUUCGCUACAGGCUACAAAAGCACUGCAAACAGGUGGCUUAAGAAUGGUGAGAGCAUGCUGAACAACAAUGGCAUGCCCAAGAGGGCGUUCCCCAAUCAUUGGAAAGGUGAAAAUGGCCUCUACUGUGUUGGGCUUGCAAUGAAAGGGUUGGCUGGUAUUUCUCAUGAUGCAAAGAAUGUUGCUGCAGACAUCAAGUCCAUCGUAGACUCGAUGGGGCCAUUUUAACUAUCCUCUUUGGAGAGUUAAGAUACCAGGAGAACGACUGUUGGCUUGCUAGCUAUUUAAUUUCCUUUGCUCUAGUGUGGAUUUUGGUUUGAAUAAGUUUGUUGGCUUGAAAACUCCCCCUACCUGUUGUACCGCCAUGAGUGUAUGCUUUGUGCUUGUUCCUUGACCGCAGCUACUAUAUGGUAAUGGUGUGUAGAGAAUGUGGUGAUCAUGCAUGCUAUGCGUGCCAGCGUUGUAAUCGUGUGUGUUAUCU